GGUAAAAAGCUAAAUGCUGUUUGGAAUGAGCCCAGCUCGCCUGGCUUGUCUCCUGCCUGUCGUUAUUUUGCCUGCAUGUGAGUAAUUUUUUUUUGCUGUGUAAUAAAUGAUGAAAUAUUGGUAGUGUCUGUGCAAUACCUACCUCUUAUGAAUCACAACUACUCUCAGGAUUGUUUUCAUUGUCACAAACGGAGGAUUUGGAGAUAGGAUUUGUUCACUAGACCUUAAUGUAAAAUAAUCUUUUAUAACUUUGUUUUCUCUUAGCGUGGUUUGUUUUCUGCAUAUUUUUCUUUUUACUCCAAUGUCCACUAGAACGCCCCAAGCUUUGUUUUUUCAUGUCUCUUUAAGAGUAUUUAAGAUUUUUGCGGUAUUCCCCUCCUCAGAUGCAUUUACAAGGGUUGUGGGAGUAUGGAGAUGAAAACUGAGAGUGCAUUUUAGAUCUUCGCCCUCAAGACAAAGGGCAUAUGAGCGAACAUAACUCCAAAUAGUCAGACGGAGCUCUUUUGCUUUUGCAUCUCUCGUUAUCUUUUGUUGCUCCCAAAUGUACAAACAUGCAUGAAUAUUAGCAUCAUUUGCACUCCGCAAGUGCUUGACUGAACUGUCUACCUUUGACUGAUGCGCUGUGUUGUUAAAAAUAGAAAGGUGGGGGGGGGUGAGGGGAGGGUCAGCCCUCGCACUUGGCUGCACUGCUGUUGCACCACUUGAUGGAAUCAGGCUGUUAGCAAACAUGCCAUGGACAUCAGCAGCAGCCCUCCCUCCCCUCCCCUCCCCACCGGACGCUCAGCUCAGCCUCCUGGCAACACUUGGCUACAGCGCAGCUCCCCGCGGCUGCUCUCCAGAGCUGCAGCCCUAAUGAACUCCUGGGCCUUCUCAUCCCAGGACUGCAAUAGAUCAGCUCAUGUUCGCCAGCGUGCUGAGACGCACACAUGCAUAGGGAUGCUCCCUCCAUCAGAGCGCCCUGUGGCUCCUAAUAGGCCAAUAUAGAAGAAAGGUUGCGCUUAACGCAGCACUUUGUAGCCCACAGUAAUGGUAGAUGGAGAGGUCAAGUGCUCACGCAGCUCCACCUGUGCGUGCAGGAGGCGUCGGGGAAAGCGGCGCCGCUUGAUUUGUGAGUGCAUGUGGGAAGGCAGCGCGGCGCCUCCAGGCUCCUCUGUCUCUCUCUGCUGCUCUGAAGAUGCCACACACACUCGCCCGUCUCCGACUGAUUGGGCAAACAGCGUCAUGAUGAGAGGAUGUGUCUGCCGCCGCGUCCACGGCAAGUGGGAUCCCCAAAGCCUGGCUGGCGCUUUACAGUGAUCGGAGCAAAAGCCCGUCGAGCGGCUAUAAAAGGAGACCAGUAUAGCCAACAUGACUGGCUGGGGAGGACAGGUUCUGGGUGGACAGGUUCUGGGGAGGACAGAUUCUCGGGAGGACAGGUUCUGCGCCGGGUUUGUUUGGGACGGCUUUGUUGGUGCUCCUCUAAGCAGAGGCAGCGGAGCGUGCGGCGGCUGCAGCGGGACGGUGAAGGUGUCACACUCAUCAACUGCAGCCCUACCUGGGGCCCGCUUGCCUGCUGCAGCUCCGUGGGGUUUUUUGCCUCGGGACUUGUCUGUCACAUUAAAGUAGAUGCAUUGCCAUUCAGGGCCUCGGCGGUCCCGCAGCCUGACCAUGAAAUAGGCCAACUUUCAUGUCUGCCCUCAUCUCCGCCGUGUCUUCCCAUCCAGGUGGUCAUUGGACAAGAGACAGUGUCCAGCCUGGACAGGUCACCAGUCCAUCACAGAGCAACGCAGUCACAAAGCUGGAGUACCCAGAGAGACUCACUGCGUACAGGGAGAACAUGCAAACUCCAUGUGGAGAGGCCUGUGCCAGGUUUCGAACCAGGACCUCCUUCCUGCAGGGAAACAACUAACAACUCAUCCAGGCCUGACAUGAAUAUACUGGAAGAAAUAUUAUUGUAUGAGAAUCUCACAUUGAUGUCUGCUGUAAAUCGGUAAUUUGGAGGAUUCAUAUUUGCUGCAGUUGUGGAUAACGACUCUAACUGGAAUCCCAAAAAUUUAGAAAUGUCUUUGUUACCCUUUGCAAUAUGUUAGUCGGUGACUCUGUUUCUGUUUUUCUCCUGAGAUCUUUUAGCGUACUUUAUGAUGUUAGAUAUAUUUUGUUUAAGUAAUUCCUUUAUUUUCCUGCAUAGGGAGUAAAAUUGAACCUAAAAAUGUGAUUAAUCCCAUCUAAUUCAUGAUUUACAAAUUUGGGCAUUUAUAAUUUCAUAGAGGACAAAGUAGGCUUGGAUUUCCCCCCCUUAACUAUAUUUUGUUUUGAUUCAAGCUAUAUAUAAUAUUAAAU